AAAAACUGAAAACGAAAGGAGUUGAAAUAGGGGCGCACUUAGCCAGUUGAAUAUUAAGUCUUGCCUUCUUCCUAAGAGAAGAAACUAGCUGCUAUUUCUCUGAAGAGGAAACAUUUGCAGAAUUUGCAAUUAAGUUUAACAGAUGUUCAUUGAAGCUAUGGACCACAGCCACGGGGCCUACCUCAAAACUUUCAUGUUAGCCUUCGAUACCAUAAAGAACCUCGUCGCCAAGUAUUUAUCUGUUCGACGUUGCCAAGCGGCUUGAGUGCAUAAAGAAACUGCUAUAACCUGAGUACGAGUGGGAAAAAUCAGUGUGAUCCGCAAAUUCGUCUUCAGAAAUGGAUUUCGCUAUGAAUAAUAAUACGCUUGACCCGAAUGUUGGGAUGACUGAGAGCAUUAUUCAUGAGCAUCAGCUGCCCAAGUUGAUAGGACCGGAAAAGUGGAGAGAUUUGGCGCGAAUGUUAGACUUCAGCGAAAAUGACAUUGACAUGAUCCAAGCUGAAAAGACCAAUUGCCCCAAGGAAUGUUGUAUCGCUGUCAUUGUAAAAUGGAUCCAUCGAAGGGGACGGGAUGCUACUGUUGGAAAGCUUGCAGAUGCCCUGACUAAGAUAGAACUCAAGAACGUGGCUGAUAUAUUGCUGGGUCCGAUCAAUGGUAAAAAAACCAUCUCUAUUGAAGUUAGAGGAACUAUUGAGGUAGACAAUACAAACCAGAUCAUAUUGGGCAACGACAGUACUAGGAGGUCAACGUUCUUUGUGUGGGAGACCAAAACAAAAGAAUUUCAUACAUCUUUGAAGAAUAAUACAUAG